GGACCUUUCAGCGAUCGUCAGCCAGCAACAACGAAAAAUCGCAACCAUGCAGAUUUUCGUCAAGACCCUCACGGGUAAGACCAUUACCCUCGACGUUGAGUCGAGCGACACCAUCGACAACGUCAAGGCCAAGAUCCAGGACAAGGAGGGUAUCCCCCCCGACCAGCAGCGUCUGAUCUUCGCCGGUAAGCAGCUUGAGGAUGGCCGCACCCUGAGCGACUACAACAUCCAGAAGGAGUCCACUCUCCACCUCGUCCUCCGUCUCCGUGGUGGUAUCAUCGAGCCUUCCCUCAAGGCCCUCGCCUCCAAGUACAACUGCGAGAAGAACAUCUGCCGCAAGUGCUACGCCCGCCUUCCCCCUCGUGCCACCAAUUGCCGUAAGAAGAAGUGCGGUCACACCAACCAGCUCCGCCCUAAGAAGAAGCUCAAAUAAACGAUUCCAUCUAUCUAUCUUGUUACGGUUUUUCUACGUUGCUGUGGUGGAGACUUGCUGGGGGUUAUGAGUCGAUUGCAGCCUGGGAGGUUUUGGACGGCGUUAGAAUGAUGAAACAUUACAGCCAAAGUCAAAUGUUAAUAGUUGACUUCCCUCUCGGAUCAAGUUGCAAUCAAAAGAAUUGUAAAAAAAUUCAAUUUCGCUCAUAAUCCCU